AGGAAGCCGGAAGCGGGAGGCGAAGCCUCGCGAGGGUUGGUUUGCGCGCGGACUCUGAGUGCGGCGGGUCGGUGGCCCGGACCCGCAGCAUCUGUCACUCAUGGCGUUGGUGCCUCCGGAGCAGCGGCCCUCGGCGGCCCGGGCCCGGAACUUGCCCUGGGUUGAAAAGUACCGGCCACAGACCCUGGCCGACCUCAUUUCUCACCAGGACAUUCUGAGCACCAUUCAGAAGUUCAUCAGUGAGGACCGCCUGCCACACCUGCUUCUCUAUGGCCCUCCGGGGACAGGAAAGACAUCCACCAUCCUGGCCUGUGCCAAGCAGCUGUACAAAGAUAAAGAAUUCAGCUCCAUGGUCUUGGAGCUGAACGCUUCUGAUGACCGAGGGAUAGACAUUGUCCGGGGGCCAAUCCUCAGCUUCGCCAGCACAAGGACAAUCUUCAAGAAGGGGUUUAAGCUUGUGAUCCUGGAUGAAGCUGAUGCCAUGACUCAAGAUGCCCAGAAUGCCUUGAGAAGAGUGAUUGAGAAGUUUACAGAAAACACCAGGUUCUGCCUCAUCUGCAACUAUCUGUCCAAGAUCAUCCCUGCCUUGCAGUCUAGGUGCACAAGGUUCCGAUUUGGUCCCCUAACGCCGGAACUCAUGGUUCCCCGCCUGGAGCAUGUAGUGCGAGAGGAGAAUGUUGACAUCAGUGAAGAUGGAAUGAAGGCCCUUGUCACUCUGUCCAGUGGGGAUAUGCGCAGGGCUCUGAACAUUCUGCAGAGUACCAACAUGGCCUUUGGGAAGGUGACAGAAGACACCGUGUACACCUGCACCGGACACCCCCUCAAGACAGACAUCGCCAACGUUCUGGACUGGAUGCUGAAUCAAGACUUCACCACCGCCUACAGGUACAUCAUGGAGCUGAAGACUCUGAAGGGCUUGGCUCUGCAUGACAUCCUGACUGAGGUUCACUUGUUUGUGCACAGAGUUGACUUUCCAUCUUCGGUUCGGAUACAUUUAUUGACUAAAAUGGCAGACAUUGAGUACAGACUCUCCGUCGGCACCAGCGAGAAGAUACAGCUGAGUUCCCUCAUCGCUGCUUUUCAAGUCACCAGGGACCUGAUUGUCUCCGAGGCCUAGCCGCUCCAAAGCCUGCUGGCCUGCCUGGGGCCCACUGGCGACUGGAGGACAGAGGGCUUGUUUACAGGUGAAGUACAGCCCUGUGCCGCUGAAUAAAGCUGGUCACAGAAGCUUCCCCCAGGCAUUUGGGAGUGCUGUCUGCUGUUUGGAGCCGGGAUCUACAGAGCAACUUUAAUCUGUGACUAUCCACUGCUUGUCUUUUGUAGGGCAAAACAAAUCUUUGUGUGUGUGUGUGGGGGGGUAUGCUUUGGGGUGCUUUAAAGUCGUGACUGUCAAUUGCUGGGGUGACAAAACUGGCCUUACCUCAGUUAGCUCUGCAGUGUCAAGUUGAACAUGCUUCAGAUGUUGUCCAGCUCAAGACCUGCAUCUCCGAAGUUAACCUUUCUCACUUUUGUAUCUGCUUUAAAUGGGUGCUAGUGGGUUUCUGAUCAAAACUAUUCCUAACAUGGUAACACACCUAUAAUCUCAGGACUCGGGAGGCUGAGGAAGCAUUACCAGCUACUUGCACGUCAGCCUGGUGAGAUAAAUUAUGUCAGAAAUACAA